AUGAAGAAUGCGGCCCCAGCAUCCUCCACCGCAAGACUCUAUAAAACCGCAGCAGCAACAGCAGCAGCAGCAGCAACAGCAGCAGCAGCAACAGCAGCAAUAGCAACAGCAGCAGCAGCAGCAGCAACAGCAGCUGCUGCUGCUGCUGCGCAUGCCACGGUUGUAGUGGUGCAGGAGAUAUCCGGCAGUGUCGCCUUAGCAGCAGCUGCUGCUGCUGCAGCAGCUGCAGCAGCAGCUGCAGCAGCAGCAACUGCAGCAGCAGAAGCUACAGCAGCAGCUGCAGAAGCAGCAGCAGCAGCUGCAGCAGCAGCGCUGCUGCGCAUGCCACGGUUGUAG